AAUAAGGAGAAGGGGCGUCUGAAGGAGCGGGAGAAAGAAGCGCGAGAGAGGGAGGCCAGGUCCAGCAAUGGUCACCUGUUCACCUCCCUGACAGUGUCCUCCACCACCCUGUGCUCCUCCUGCAACAGGAGCAUCACAGCCAAGGAGGCGCUCAGUUGCCCAGCCUGUAAUGUCACCAUCCACAACCGCUGCAGAGACAGUCUGGCCAGCUGUGCCAAGAUGAAACAGAGGCAACAGAAGCUGUCGAUGGUGAGAAACAGUUCGGCUCUGCAGAAUGUCGCCAUGCGCACCAAAACUCCGAUGAUGAAGGAGCGUCCCAGCUCCGCCAUCUAUCCCUCAGACAGCCUUCGUCAGUCUCUGCUCGGGUCCCGACGGGUUCGCUCUGGCCUCUCGCUCGCCAAGAGCGUCUCCACAAAUAACAUCGCAGGUGUGAGUGAGGACUCUGUAGGUCUCAGGAGGAUUCUGUCUCAGUCCACUGAAUCUUUGAACUUCAGGAGCAGGACUUUGUCCAUGGAGUCUCUGACUGAUGACGGUGAGUGGUGGUGGAGCCCCCUGCUGGAGGAGCUGCAGGUGGAGGGCAGCUGUGUUCAGGCUGACAGUUGGAGUCUCGUUGUUCAACCAACCUUCCUGCAGACGCUUCAUAAAGACCUCAUUAAACAGCAGGAUGUUAUCUACGAGUUAAUCCAGACCGAGUUCCACCACGUGCGGACGUUGCGGAUCAUGGAGGGGGUAUACCGGCGGGGGAUGCUGGAGGAGGUGAUGCUAGAGGCGGGUGUGGUUCACACCAUCUUCCCCUGUCUGGACCAGCUGCUGGAGUGGCACUCCGGCUUCCUGUCAGAGCUGCUUAACAGGAGGAAGGAGGGUCUGAUGGAAGGCAGCUCCACCAACUUCACCGUCCGCAGGAUCGGAGACCUGCUGCUCAGACAGUUUUCAGGUCAGCCUGCAGAUGAAAUGAAGAAACUUUAUUCUGAGUUCUGCAGUCGACACCCGAAAGCUGUGAAACUCUACAAAGAGGUGUUAACUCGAGACCGAAGACUGCAGCAGUUUGUCAGGCGUGCAUGUCGGGGUCCUCUGCUGCGUCGUCAUGGCGUCCAGGAGUGCAUCCUGCUGGUGACACAGCGAAUCACAAAGUACCCCGUCCUCAUCCAACGUAUUCUCGACAACACCAAAGGCAACGAGGAGGAGGCCCAGGCGUUGAGUCAGGCUCUGUUCCUUCUGAAGAAGCUGAUUAGCUCAGUGGACCAGGAAGUGCUGGAGCUGGACCGGACCAGGAGGCUGCAGGAGAUCCAGGCCCGUCUGGACCCCCGGGCCCAGGCGGAGGUCCGUGGAGGAGGAGUGUUCAGGGGAGGAGAACUGCUGAGGAGGAGGCUCCUCCACGAGGGGACGCUUCUCUGGAAGGUCCAAGGCUCCAGGAUGAAAGAUGUGCAGGUCCUGCUGAUGUCAGACAUCUUGGUUUUCCUUCAGGAGAAAGAUCAGAAGUUCACCUUCGCAUCACUGGACAAAUCUCCGGUGGUGUCUCUGAACAACCUGAUCGUCAGAGAUAUAGCCAAUCAGGAGCGAGGGAUGUACCUGAUCAGCGCCUCCACCCCUCCAGAGAUGUACGAGCUGUACGCUUCGUCCAAAGACGACCGCAGGACCUGGAUGAGCCGCAUCCAGCAGACCGCCCUCAGUUGUCCAUCCAGAGACGAGUUUCCUCUCAUUGAGACCGAAGACAAAGCUUUACUGCGCAGACUGAGAGCUGACAUCCAGCAGAAGGAUAGGGAGGUGCUGGAGCUCCUGCAGGAGCGAGUCACUCUGUUUUCUGACCUGGUGGAGGCAACAGGAAGAGGAGGAGGAGAAGAAGAGGGGGGCGUGGAGCUGAGCAGAUCCUCCUCCAGGACCUCUUCCUCCUGCAGGAACCUGUUCAGAGCCGACACUCCUCAAACUCCUCAGGGGGAGCCGCUCCUCAGCGCCUCCAUCACUGAAGUGGACCGACUGACCCAACUGCUGCUGGACUCCAACAUCCACAAGUCCUCGGUAACCAACGGCAACCAGGAGCUCAGCGAUGGUGACUCUGGUUCUCUGAAUGGUUCUUUUGAGUUGAACAGCAGCACCUCAAAGGACAGAAACGGGAACCAGCUGCAGGAACGAAGUCUUAACGAGGAAGUCCGUCACCGAUUGGUCAGUCUGAGCACGCAGCUUCACGCCCUGCAGGCUGUUGUGAUUCGUCAAGACUCGAUUCUGGAGCUGUCAGUAAGGACGGGCCUCGCCCCCUCCUCUACUGCAGGCCCCGCCCCCGUCCCCACCGCCGGGCCCCGCCUCAGUCGGUCGAUGUCACGGGACACAGGGCUGGACGCCGGCGGGGAGACGGUGCUGCUGCAGCGACAGGUGGAACUCCUGCAGGAGGAAGUGACACGGCUGCGUCUGAGGGGGGAGGAGCCAGGCAGAGAGGGGGUGGAGCCAGGCAACAGGAAGAGGAGUAAUGGAGAGACCAGUGAUGUCAUCAAGGGAGAGCAGCAGGUGAGCAGGAGGCGUGGCAGCAGGGAACUGGAGCCCCGCCCCCUUGCCCCACUGGCCAGCCAGGAUCCAGUCGACCAAUUAGACGGCGUCCAGGAAGGAAACGAGGAGGAAGAGGAGGAAGUGAUGAGGAUCUCUCCUCGCUCUGACAGCCCCAGAGAUCUGCAAGACAUCCCAGAGGAGAGCGAGUGCGGAGCUGACCCCAGUUAACUUCUGCUGAUGUCGCCGUGAUGUCACCGUGAUGUCACUGUGGUGUCACAGCCACUGUCAGACUUUUAUCAUGGAAGUUGGAGUGGGAGAUGAUGUCACUUCCUUACAGAAGUGUGUUCGACCAAAUGAGACGUUUUUAAAAAGGGGGAGUAAAACCAUGUGACCUGUUUACAUCAUCACGUCAGCUGGAGCCCCGCCCCCAAAUGCUAGAGGGCGGGGCAUUAUAUUGGGAGGGCGGGGCUUAAAUUGUUUAAUAGGAGGAAUAGGACACUACAUUACCCAGAAUGCCUUUGGAUAUCAACACCUGCAGUCGCCACCUGCUGUUCAGUUGNNGGGGGGGGGGGGGUGUAUUUAUGUGGUAACGUCAGUAGUUGAAUUGUAGAAACUUUGUAUGAUUUUAUUUUCAGAACUAAAGUUUCUGAAACCAAAAACCAGAUUUUUAAAUUUGGGAACAAAGUUUAAACGUUUACAGGAAGUCCGUUUUCAUAGCAGAAGGUUUAGUUGACCUCCAUCUGCCUGACAGGAAGACUUUAGGGUGCAUGGGGGAGUCAUGAGGGUCUGGGGGUCUAGGGUUGUCGGGGGCUGGAUUAUAUAUUGUAGUAGACAAGUUUAAAGAAACAGGAAGCUGUUUGCUGUCUGACUGACAGCACUGCUGAAGAGAUCCUGUCUGUUAGCAUGUUAGCAUGUUUCCUUUCUACGUGUAUAGAGCUCCGACGUUCCGUCCGACUGGUUGGUCUGAGCCAAUCAGAUUGUUUUCAUUGACAUGUUUUUUUAACCAAAACACUUCAUUUACAGUGUGAUGAAGGACAAGAGCUGCUCUUCAUCAAACAAUAAAGUUUAAAGUCCAGUUCAGACCAAAGAUUCACCGUGAGAACAAACUGUUUUAGAACGUGUCAGCGGUGUGAAUGGACCCGUCUCCGGUGGUUGGUUUUAGAACAUCCGAUCACGCACAGACGCAUCGUACAGGUGUGAACGCUUCAAACACGCCUCGGCAAACCUUGAGCUGAAAAAUGCUAAAUAUUUUAAUUGAAACAACGAUGUGCCACAGGAACACAACGGUUCUGCAGUUGGAAUCCGACUUCAGUGGACGCUCUGGUUGAAUGUUGCAACCGGGACCUCAGAUAUUCUCACUUCCUCAGUUCAAAUGCCGUUGCUUUGGAGACAAUACACCAUCUCUCUGUAUCGGUCUGAACUGGACUUUAGAAACAUCACAUCGUUAACUGGAUGACUGUUGCCAUGGAGACAGUCUCCACUGGCUGAAUCAUUAAAUUAACUGAAAUCAAGACGAUGAUGAUGAUGACGAUGAUGAUGAUGAUGAUGAUGAUGAUUUAAAGCAGCGGUUUCCAACCUUUUUCUGUCAGUCAGUAAACUUAAUUCAAACCACAGAUCUGGAUGGAUUUUGAGCAGAUUAUUUCCUGUUUAGGAAACUUUUUCUACAAAUCUCUGUGUUUGUAUGAUUUUUAACGAUCAGACUCAGGCUUCAAUGUUUCCUCGUCCCUUUACUUUUAUUCACAGAAGUGAAGCAGAUUUAGGUCUACUGUGUAUUUUUAAAGUUUUCUUAACGCCUUAAAAGACCUUGCGACCCCCCAUGAGGCUUUGGGGACCCCCAGGUUGGGAACCACUGAUUUAAAGUGUCAAAGAGUUUAAGUUCAGUAUUUCAUCAGGGAACAGAAAGACGAACUGAACACUCUUCAUCAUCCAUGUGACUGAAAAACGAUCACAUGACACAAAAACACCAAAACAGUCUUCAGUUCGUAAGUCUAAAAGUCUAAAAGUGAUAUUAAUGAAUAACUUCAAACUAAUGAAUAAAUAAAUAUUAAACAUCAUGCUGUAUGGAAAGGACUGAAACUAGAGACUGAGACCAGAAACUCUGAGCUCAUUAAUCAACUUCUCCAUAAAACUCCAUACUAUCAGAGUGGAGCUGCCCCCUGCUGGCUGUUACAGAGAAUGCAACUGUAUCUUAUUAUUUACAUCUGUUUGUUGUUGAUGUUUCAGGUGUUUUUGUAUCAUGUGAUCUGAUGAAAAUGAAAAUAUGAAAUUUGAUGACUUGAAUCAGUUUGUUGGUAUACUAAAGUUUAUCUUUGAGUCUGUUAUUGACGACAGCUGAUCCAGGAUCAGUGGAUCAGGGUUCAGACUGGUCUGGAGUCUGCUUUGUGUUUUACUGUAGUUUUAGAAAGUGUGUGUAUAAAGAUCUGAUCAGGAAACUGUAAAUGAUGUUUGUUGUAAGUUUAUUGAUCUGACUCAUAAUUCUAAUCAACUGUUUUUAUUCAAAUCAUAAAAUAUUUCCUGUUUAACUCACAUUCAGGAUUGAUUU